UUUUAUUAACGCAGGUGGACGGCCUGGGUACUAUUAUAAUCAAAAUGGCGGCAGCUUUUGGUGUUUGGGAAGUAAGGUUUCCUUCUUCUCGCGCAGUUUACGACGAAGACGACGAGGAGGACGAGGAAACAUCCACUUCAGAGGAUGAUUCAAGGAAUUUAAAUUUCCACUGGGCGCCUCACCUGAAAAUAGAUCAGGAAUCAUCUGUGACAGAAUGUCCCUUGAUGGUUCUCGCGGUCGGAGAAGUUGCUACAACAUUUGUAGAAGCUCAUUAUUUAUCAGCAGGGAGUGAAGUUGUCGCCUGUCUUACUUCAAAAAGGGGGAAUGAGCUGGAAUUCGAAAAACAGUGUAAUCAGUUCAAAUCAGGUGAUACGUGUUGUCUGUAUCGGCUAACAACGAAUCAUGAUGACUCAGUAUUUUUUCAAUGUCGAACGCCGGUACCUCAAGAGAAAGCGUUCCACUGGACAGAAAAGUUGUUUGAGAAUUUGAAGCCUUCCAAAGUUGUUAUUCUAACAUCAUUGGCAGCCUGUGAGUAUCACACCAAUGCUCCUGAGAAUCUCAAGUCUGACUUUGUAAAAGUGUUAAAGACAGAUUCCUGGCAAGAAAAGAUUUUACACGAAGAAUGCUCAUUUUUGGAAACUCCUAAUGUCAUGAGUGGAGUUGCAGCAUCAGUUUUACAGUACUGUCAGAUCCACAGUGUGGCUGCGGCAUUGUUUGUAUGCUUCACCGAGUCAUCACAUGUAGAUUCACAGUCAGUGGAAGCCUUUCAAUUCCUUCUAAAGAGUCCAAUGCUACACUCACUUCAUCAGGCUUCCAGUGAGCAGGUUAUAAAAGUACUCAAGUCCCUAAGAUCUGGAAAACUGAUAGAAAUGACCAUGUACAUGUAGGAGGAAAGCAUGACUUCAAAACGUAGCUCUUGGCACUGCUAUUAAUAUACAGUACCAAUCCCUCUUUGAGUGAUAGUGCUCAGAAAACGUUGUUAAAAAUUAUUGUAACAGGCUGUCAUGGCGAUAGCUAUGGAAAGAAAGGAUGAGACAAAGAAAUAAGCAUACACUGGCUGGCAUUGAAGUAAUGUUCAUCAUGAAACCAUUCUUUUGUUAAUGAUAUUUUAUGAUAUUCUGUGUUCUUUGAUGUGAGUAUAGCUUAGAACUGAGGACAGGUUGAGGCACGUUUGUUAAACGUUCUAGUUGUUUGGGUUCAGCUUUUGCAAUGUUCACCAAAAGGUCUGAAAGCAGGACUGUAACGUUUUUCCAGUGGACAGUUUCAAUUUGCCAGCUAGAUCACUCUCGUGACAGUGGAAAUCAACUUUGCAGCUGAAAAAACCUUUGGGACUCAGAUUCCAGAUUAGUUGCCUUCGCAUCUGUUAUUUUGGUAAUUAAUAACUGAUUUUGUGCCUUUGUUUUGAAGGCAACUAAAUUAGAGAUCAAAGUAGAACUUAAGAGUGAUGGGUUCUAAAUUAAGAACAAGGAAAAUCAGAGAAAAUCCCCCAGAGGAGGGAGAGAACCUGGCCUUCCACACAGAACACUUUUGGGCUUGUCAUACAUUCCUCCUCCAGGACAAGUGGGGCACCCAAAAUUUUCUGUGGGCUGGCUUAUUCUGACUCAAGCCUGCAAUUCAAAACUCAACUUGUAAAAAAAAAUAGCAUUUUCUCUCGAAGUGGGUGUCCAAAAAGAAAACUUGGACACCCAUCUGUAUGACUCUCAGCUGAAACUGAACUGAGAAUAAAUGGCCAGUCGAAGACGAGCACUUACCCAAGAAGGAUGAAAUGGAAGAGCUACACUCUUGUGAUCUGGGUACUCUUUGGGAGAAGUUACAAUCAAAUAUAGAUGAACAUGACAGGUGUCACCUAUUUGCAAAACAGUCGCUCAAAAGAGGAAAGCCAUAAACCUAACCACCCUCCCUUUUUACUCGGAUCGAUGCAAUUUUAUUGACUGUUAUUUCUGGUUGUUAUAUCUGUAAAGCAAUAGAGCACUGUAUGCUUUCGUCACAAAAUACUAAUGUGAAAAGGACUAUAAACUGGAGCUAAAAGGUAACAAUUAAGAAGUUCAAAAAGCGGAUCGUAAAUCUUAAGCUAUAAGUUAGCAAUAAAAUGAACUGAUAAAGCGGAA